AUGAAGCAUUCGAUUUUCGGAAAAAUUAAUUGUGCAUUCUCAAUCUCUCCCAUAUUCUCGAUCCUUUUCCUCGUGAACUUCCAUUGUGUCCGGUCUGCAAACCAUAGUGUUCAGGACACCCGCAGAAAGAUUGCAGCUGAAGACCCAGUGUUGAACUUCGACUGCUGCGUGAAGUCUCUUGGGUCAGACUCGGAGAACCAUGAGGUGGACGUCGAGGGACUAGGGCUGAACAGGCUCAAGCUGUUACAAGCCAACUAUACAGGCACGAUUGAGUACAUCAAGCAACUACCGAAGCAAAAACUGGAACCGAGCCAACUCAGAGCUCUCACGCUUUGUUUGGAUGCUUACACCUCCGGUGAACGCGAAGACCUUACCCCAUUUUACAAGGCGAAGCGUUACCUCGAUUUGAAUAUUUGGGUGUCUGCAAUGAUGACUUGCGAAGAUACGUGCGACAUUCAAAGAAUCGAGGAAGGGAGGCAUGGUUCCACCUUUGACAAAGUGUAA